UGAUGGUCAAUUUCUUCCUUCUAGCUGCAAACACCCUGAGACGAGGUGAGGAUAAUCCGCACCCCCUGCUCCCCAGCCCCAACACUCGCACCCUUCGCAGGGAGCUCUCUGGCGCGCGCUGGUGAAGUCUAGUUGGCGCCCCCGCCCACAAGGGCGCCUUACUCCCCUGGGCGACAGUGGGGGAGUGGAGGGGGCGUCCCAGGAGAGCACCGGUCGUCCCGCCCCCGCCCCGGCCUCACGUGACUUCCUGAAAGCUUGAGGGACCCACCCCUGUCUCUCGCUUUCGAUUCCUGGUGGCCCCGGCGCGGGCCAUCUUGCAGGAGUCACAGUCGCAGUUGCAGCCAGUGAGGUGGGCCCCCCUCUCAGGAGCGCCAUGGCGGAGCUGUUCCCCCUGGCCGAGGAGCUGUCAUGCUCCAUCUGCCUGGAACCCUUCAAGAUGCCAGUCACCACCCCCUGUGGCCACAACUUCUGCGGUUUGUGCCUGGAGGAGACGUGGUCGGUGCAAGGCGCGCCGUACCGAUGCCCUCAGUGCCGCGCCGUCUACCAAGCGCGUCCGCAGCUGCACAAGAACACGGUGCUGUGCGCGGUGGUGGAGCAGUUCCUGCAGGCCGAGAUGGCCCAGGAGGCACUCCCCGACGGCUGGACGCCUCCAGAGCGCGCCACGGCUCCCAGCCGGGCUGGCCACGUUGCCUGUGACCACUGCCUGAAGGUAGCCGCCGUCAAGACCUGCGUGGUGUGCAUGGCAUCCUUUUGCCUGGAGCACCUGCUCCCGCACCGCGAAAGCCCCGCCUUCCGGGACCACCAGUUGCAGGAGCCCAUCUUCGAUCUGAUGCGUCGAAAAUGCCCGCAGCACAACCGGCUGCGCGAGUUCUUCUGCCCGGAGCACGACGAGUGCAUCUGUCACGUCUGCCUGGUUGAGCACAAGACCUGCUCGCCUGUGUCCCUGACCGAUGCCAGCCGAGACCUGGAGGCCAAACUGAAGCAUAAACUGACCAUCGUGUACAGUCAGGUCAAUGGUGCAACAAAGGCACUGGAAGAUGUAAGAGUCAAGCAGCAGAAUAUACGGGAGGCCACACAGAGGAAGAUGGAGCUGCUUAGACAAGAGUACAAGGAAAUGAAGGCUCUCAUUGAUGCUUCAGAAGCCAAUGCAACACGAAAGAUCAAGGAAGAGGAGAAGAGGGUCAGCAGCAAGUUUGACACCAUCUACCAGAUCCUCCUCAAGAAGAAGAGUGAGAUCCAGGCUGCAAAAGAGGAGAUGGAAUUUGCCCUGACUAAGGGCGGGGAUGAGUUCGAGUUUCUGGAGAAAGCGGCAAAACUGUACAGAAUAACCACGAAGUCAGUCUACAUCCCCAAGGUGGAGCUGAAUCAUGAGCUGAUCCGAGGUGUCUGCCAGGGCUCUUCAGACCUCAAAAAUGAGCUGAAACGGUCUGUCCAGCAAUUCCAGGACAAAAAAUCUGAGGCAGCCCCUGGCACAGGGGAAUCUGGAGAACUUGGUGCAGUGUUCCUAGGCAAACCUGGCCCUCAGAAGAAGGUCCCAAGGGAAUCUGGAGAACUUGGUGCAGUGUUCCUAGCCAAACCCGGCCAUCAGAAGAAGGUCCCAAAAGAAGAAAAGAAGACCAAGAAACCUUCUGCUGCUGCUAGUGCCGCCUCACCCACAGUGAGAGCCCAACAGCCAGUGGACUCAAAACAAGCUGGCCAAGAUGCCCAAACCACCACCUUGCCGCCAAAUGUGGCAGCUUUCAAGGCCAAGAUGCUAGAGACCUUCUUAACCAAAACCAGAGCUGAGCUCCUGGAAUAUUCUGUCAGAGUCAUCCUGGACUACAACACUGCACACAACAAGGUGGCUCUGUCAGAGAACUACAGCGUAGCCUCUGUGGCUGACCCGCCGCUGCACUACCGGCCACACCCCCAGAGAUUCGUCUACUGCUCUCAGGUGUUGGGCCUGAACUGCUACAAGAAGGGGAUCCACUACUGGGAGGUGGAGCUGCAGAAGAACAACUUCUGUGGCGUGGGCGUCUGCUACGGCAGCAUGGAUCGGCAAGGCCUAGAGAGUCGGCUUGGCCGCAACAGCGCCUCCUGGUGUGUAGAGUGGUUCAACACCAAGAUUUCCGCCUGGCACAACAACGUGGAGAAAACGCUUCCCUCCACCAAAGCCACCAAAGUCGGUGUCCUUCUCAACUGUGACCAUGGCUUCGUCAUUUUCUUUGCGGUUGUCGAGAGUAAGAUCCACCUGAUGUAUAAGUUCAAAGUGGACUUUACCGAAGCUCUGUACCCAGCCUUCUGGGUGUUCUCUGCUGGUGCCACACUAUCCCUCUGCAACCCCAACUAGGAAGCUCACAGAUACCCCCGACUCCAUGACCUCCUCUGGCUCCCCAAUACUCAAGUGAAAAAUGCUUCAGGUGCAACUCUCUUAGAGAUCUUCUCUGAGGGUUCCCAGGGAUUGAAAGGACUUGGGGGAGAGAUGAGAUAGGAGAUAUUUAACCAAGAAAUGGGGUGGGGGUUAUUGUGAGCAGAGAAGCAUUUCUGACUUUUGAUACUCUUCGGGGCAGGGUGACCCCUCUCUUCUUGGUUCUGGUAGAUCUGUGGACAGCUGGGCAGCUGGGCGGGGCCUAAGGGAAGAAUGUCUUUAUUGUCUUUAUCCUCCUGUAGAGAAUCCAUGGCCCACUGCACUUCUUUCUCCACGCUGCACUUCUUUCUCCACUUAACUGCCUGUUUGCUCCGUGGAGUAGCCUUCAGAUCUUCAGAUUACCCUCUACAGAGCUGUUCAACUCUGUAUAGCUAUUUUAUAACUACAAAGUCACUGAAUUUCAUUAUACCACACACACACACACACACACACACACACACACACUGGUAUGUGAGGUGAAUAUUUAGACUCCUGGUCAUUUUCUGUGCUUGAACAAAACUGUAGAUAGCAAACCUCUACCCAGACCAGAGCUUCCUUAGAAAACAAGUCUUCAUCAUUCACUGGAAAGCAGCUUAUUUUUCCCUUCCUAAUGUGCAUGCCCUGCCAUCCCACAGUGGUGGGGGGGGGGGGGACGGGAGAGGGGAAUUAGAAAUGUUAACUCAAAUGGAAAUCUCACAUCUAAGGCUAUAAACCGUGGUCUGUGUCAGCCUGUGUUGAAUUUGUGAUUCAAGGUCAAGGUGACCCCAGUGCAGUUAGAUGAUACUCCUCGCACUCCCAAGCAGUAUGGAUACACUUAGCAGUGAUGCUUGGGCUGCAGCUCCAGAGCCUAGUUAGUGACCUUUCCAUCUUGGGCUUUGGUGCAAAGAACUGCACUGGGCAUAAGGGCCCCUGACCUGGGUACACAGGAAUGUGCUGACUUUGCUCCUAUCAGAGUGUCUUGUCUUCAAACUGAGAAAGCCCCACUGCUUUGGAGGUGAGCUGUUGGGCUUGCUGGUGUAGGUGAUGCCACAGCCAGCACAGUGUGAGCAGACUGCCAGCUGGAUACCAAAGCCUGUUUGUCACACAAGCCAUGUGUGGCUCAGGGACCAUAGUAGGCAGUCUGGGGGAACUGCCUACAGCCAGAAGGGCCUGAUAGCAGAUCCUGGGAAACGAUGAUAUUUCCCGUUCAUUCUUUGCUCCAGGGUCACAGCUUCCCAAGAGUUAGAAACUUGUCUCCCUGGCUUGAGCUCUUGCUGUCUUCCUCACUCUGCCAGUUGGGAUGUGCAGAUUGAUCUGGCAUUGUAAGGAAAACUUUUAAGGACCAGGGAGGGUAAAAGCUGUAAAUAUCAAGCACGAGAGCCUAUCUUCCUGCACGGUUUCUGUGCAGUGAAAAUGGCCCCAGUUCAUUACAGGGUUAGUGACCACUAAGAGGCAGUAAUGGGUCGAUUGCAAGGAUUCCCUCCAAAUCCCUAUAUCCUGGUGUCAGGAUGUAAGUGUCCAUGCCUGCAGUGGGAGAGAUUUAACCUUUUAAUGGUGGAAUGAGUCCAGCUCUUGACCUUCCCAAAAGGAGAGUUCAGGUCAGACUCCUUGUAAUAUGAAAAAGAGAUCGCUAUUGGGGAAAUGAGACCCCCAGACCUUUUCAUAUGGAUAUUUGAGAACUUAACUCAUCUCUGGGGUUGUGUUGGAAUUCCGGGGUGUUCCACACAUGGCCAGAACACCUAGUCUUCCUGAUAGAUGUGUUGAUCUAUGUCAUCUCCUCUGAGGACUUUCACUUGAGACAGAUGAUCUGUGUAGGGAAGAUAUAUCUUAUAGUAGCUCAGGUGUGUGUGUGUGUGUGUAUUUCAAUUUUUCUUUCUUUGCUGCUGGAAAGAAAAGUUCUUUGGUGACUCUUUUCUGUUCUUGGAGAUGGUUAACAAAUAUCUUCAAGGGUUAGAGAGCUAGCUCACCAGGUAGGGAAUAUGCCUUGCCUUGCCUUGCCUUGCAUACAGGCCAGGUUUGAACCCUGGUAAAACACAAGAGUGCCAUAGAAUGGGGAGGAGUGGGGAAUGCUGCCAUGCUGUGAUUUCUCUGUUUCUCUCCUCAGAUGAAAAAGUUAAUCCGGGGGGCAGUGAAAUUGAUCAGCCAUGAGUCCUACUGCGACUCUCUCUGCAGAAAUGAGGCCAGCAGAGGGCUUUCUCCCAUGAAUAUGCAGCUCAUGAUAGGGAAAUAUGAGUCCUUGUGUUUACAAGAGAGGCAAGUAGGUCACCCAAGGUGGGCUCUGUGCAGGGUGCUUAGAGAUGUGUACUGAGGCGCACAGCCUUACUACUCAGUCUCACAUUCCCUCUCCUUGCAGGGCUACUGCUGGUUUUAGAGUCAGGCCAACCUCUGUAUUCAUCUGACUCGUUUUGCAGAAUAAGUCAGAUGCUAGGUAAGAGGAUGACUCCAUUCAUUAUUUUUACCGUACCGUAAGGGGGCAGAUGAAUGCCUUCUAGAGUGUGUGAGGGAUUGGCACCUUGGAGAAGUGUCAGAAACUCUCCAAAACACAAAUGUAAAGAAGACUACCCCAGACCUAGGGUCAGGAGCUAUCAAUCACAUGAUAAAUCACUGGUUUGCUACAUAUUUUUUCCUACUCAAGAAUGGUUGGUUGAAUCCUCCAUCUUAAUUACUUUGAAGUUAAUCUGUAAUUAAUCUAAUGAUGUAUAAUGAACACAUACGUAAUGUCAUGCCUUAUUCUGCUGUUCCCUCCCCCACACAACCCUUGCUAUUGAUAUUAAUUAGGGGUAUUUGAAUUGUUACUUCUUGAGCUUAAUGUAUUUUUAGAGUUGAUUCUUUAGGAAAUAAGACUAUAGAGAUUGUUAUUGUGAAACUCAUGAGAAGUGCUAGGCCCCAGUGGUCAGGGAGAAUAGGUCAAGUGGUACAGCAUGGAACACUCACGCGCAAGGCCCCUGUUCUAAGCUCUGGCAUCCCAUGUAUGGGAGUGGUGCUCUGGUUUCUCUCAGUGUGACACUUGCUCUGUUUGACAUAAAAUAAAAAUAAAAUCUUUAAAAAAAUAACUGGGGCAGGUGGGGGAGAUAGCUUAAUGGUUAUGCAAACAAACUUGCAUGCCUGAAGCUCCCAGGUUUAGUCUCCCACACCAUCAUAAACCAGAACUGAGCAGUGUUCUGGUAAAAGAAAACAACAAAAAAAACCUGGGGCAAGGUAGUGGCACACUGGGUUAAAAGCAUAUAUUACCAUGUGCAAGGCCCUGGGUUCAAGCCCCCAGUCCCCACCUGCAGGGAGGAAGCUUCACAAAUGCUUCACAAAUACAGUACUGCAGGUGUCUCUCUAACCCUUCCAUCUCAUUUUUUUAUUUCUGUCUCUAACAAAUGAAUAAAAUAUUUCUUAAAAAUGCUAAGUCCAAGGUUGGCUGACAUGCCUUAGAUGCCCUGAACAUAUAACCAAGCAGUGCUUGGUAAUCUUUCUUGUAGUCCAGUGACUACUAACUGAGAACCUCAGGCAGUCUAGGCUCCACCCAGCUGCUUUCAGUGUACAAGUCUUCAAUCACUGUAGCCUAGUUAGAGUGUUCUGGGCUUUGCUUUAGGGUAAUGUGAACAUGGGAAGAGAGUCAAAUGCUGAUAAAUCAGCUUUGCAUACGGGUAAGAGUUGCAGGAUGGUUGGAUUUGAGGUAGAAUAAAGAACUUGAUCCUUUUCCUGAUGGAGAGGCUGUAAAAUAUUAGAAUCUCUUGAGUAUUAGGUGUGUUUUUGUUACUCAUAAUGACCUUGUGUCACAUCUGAGUUUCCGGGGUCUGAGCCACCGGAAAGACUAGGUCUCAGAGGGUUGAGAUUUUGAGCCAGCUUGACCUCCAGGGAGGUUGAGUGGAAUCACGUGGCUGAUGAUUCAAUCAGCAACGACAAUGCAAUGAAGACCUGGCAAAACUUCUGGACACUGAAACACGUCUGAUCGCGUGGCUGUGCCACAGGGAGAGGACACAGAGCUCUGCAUUCGGGACCUUCUUAAGCUCCAAUCUGUGUGGCUCUUAAUUUGGUUGAUUUUGAUUUGUAUCCUUUCCAAUAAAAAGACAAUUGUAACACUU